UCUUAAUUAUAUUUCAUAUGGUAUUUGUGGCAUCUUCUCUCAUAUCAUACAUGUGGAACCCAGCAGUGCCAUUUCCUCCGUCCAAAAGAAACUAUCAGCACCUUGAGAACCCCUUCCUUAUCUCUUUCCAUGGCCCAUUUAUAUAUAAUUUGAUCCUUGAACUGCAAGCAAAGAAUUUCCAACUUUUUCUGCUAGAAAUUACAGUAAACAGUAAACCAUGGUAAGGCGGCCAAAUUAUUGUCCGCAUAAUCCGUAUUAGAUCUUCAAUCCUGUUUGCUUUUCCAUGUAAGGUAGUUGAUGAUCUGAUGGAGAAAGAAAUUACAAAGCCAGAAAAUUUUUGCAUUCUCACUCUUUGAUGUACUAUGAAAGCCCUCUCUUUUCCUUUAAUCACCCAAGAAGAUGCUUUUUACUGUUGUCUUCAUCUAGUUGGAAUCCUGACAGACAUAUCCUGGACUCAAAAGCUCCAUAUCUCUCUUUAGUUGAAAGCUGAUCAACAAGAACCAAAACAAAGGAAGCUUAAGCCUUCACUCUCUAUAUAUCAGCAGCAAGUGGAGCUUCAGCCUGUAAUACUUUCAACCACCAUCCUUGCAUAUCAAGCCAGGACUCCAGGAAGUUGAAGCAAACAAGCAAAGGAUUUAUUUUAUUCAGCAAAUGAGAGAGAUGAAUUCUCUUCUUCCAGUAACCUUUGUGGUUCGAUUCACCGAAGAAAGAAUAAGGAGCAAAGAAGUUAGAAGCCUGUAUGCCUAAGUUCAUCAAAUAGGCCUCAAGAAAACGUCCUAAAUUCAAAAAGGGUAGUAGAAUUUUCAACUAUUUAUAGGCUUUUGGGUUUGGUGCUUGAUAAUUGGUGAUAUACAAGCUAAAAUAGCAAUGGUGACUCUUCAUCACCGCCCACACCGCCUUCUCCUUGAUACGCAAUCAAGCGCAGCACCAACAAAUGGAAACAGAACGCGCAGUUCUUUAUCCAAUGAAGCCAGUUUUGAUACCAACAUGGUGAUCAUCCUAGCAGCUUUGCUUUGUGCACUGAUAUGUGCUCUAGGGCUAAACUCUAUUGUGCGUUGUGCUUUGCGUUGUGGCAGAAGGUUUGCUAUUGAGACCCCAGAUGAGACUGUGGUACGUCUAACUGCAACAGGCCUGAGGAAGAGCGCAUUGCGCCAGAUUCCUGUGGCCAUAUAUAGUUCAGGGACAAAUAUGAAGGCUACGGAUUGUCCAAUUUGCCUUGGAGAAUUUAUUGAUGGUGAAAAAGUCAGGGUGUUGCCAAAAUGUAACCAUGGUUUUCAUGUAAGGUGUAUAGAUACAUGGUUGCAGUCACACUCAUCCUGUCCAACUUGCAGGCAAUCAUUGCUAGAGCAGGCAACUAGUUCUGAUGCUGCACCAGAGAUAGAGGCUGGAAUCCAGCAACAUGGGAAUUCAUCAGGUGGACUAGCCGAUGUUCCACUCGCUGCAGAGGAGAUUGGUUGAUCCUGGUUUUGAAAUAGUUCUUAACCAGCUGAGAAAGGGGGCCAUAGAGUAGCUUUUUUUUUUAUUAUUGUUGUUUGACAUUUUUUUAAGUUUGUUUAUGUAUAUGAAUAGAGAGAAAUAUUGAUUGCUAAUGAACUGCAAAAGAAAAUAGAAAUGGUCUGAGGCUUUCUGAGGUUUUGCUGUUCCUCUACAUUCUUUGCAGUGGGAGAUUGAAAAUUUCUCUGGAGUACCAUAGACUUAUUGCUUUUCUUCAUGAUUAUAGGCAAAAAUCCAUACCAAUUGAUGUGCAGCUGUAUGUGAUUGUGAUGAUUCUAUUGAGAAAUAUAAUCGAUGCACCUGUUUUCAACCUUUGCAUAGAAAGAAGGAUUGUUACACUUAUGACAAACUAUGAUUUUUUUAAGGAGUUUAAGGUUCACAAUCACUCAACAAGGAGUUUGAAAAUUAAUAGGAAGUUUUCAGGUUCAUCAGCAAAAUGGAACUGAGAAAGACCUCCAUAAUUUCAGCUUGGGCGGUGACUCUCUCCUGCUUGCUAACUUUUAUUUCAGAAUUGAUAUCUCAGAUUAGGUCUUUAAAUGUGCUGCCAACUGAACAGUGCUCACAGAUGGAGACCUUACAAAAGGAAACCAGCUCUGGGGUUUAGAUUCCUUGAGUUAUCAUCAUUGCAUAGCAUCUAUACAGUUUGUAAGCAAGCCCUUGUUGUCUAGAAUGGUUCACAGCCAGGAGCCACUUGACAUUUGAAGUGCUGUCAUGCUGAUGCAACAUGGAUAUAAUUUAGCCAUUAGAAGUGUUUCAAAGUCAUUUUGAUUUACCAUUGUUAGGUAUUAUAGGCUUCAUGUGUAGUUUUCUUUUGACAGCUUUCUCUUCAAGUGAAACUUAUUAGGAGUAUUAGAUAAAGUUAAACACAACUUUGUAUUUAGAGAACAAACUCUUGAUUUUCUUACACUUUACCCAAUU